CCCUCUUCACUUAUACCCUCACACUCACUUCUUCCCGCCUCCCUCUCCGCUCCUUUCGCCUCCUUCCUCUCCAUCACUUACUAACACAUAUCAUCUCUCGCAUCUCCCUGUCUCUUGUUUCCCUCUCCCUCCACACUCCAUCUCUUCCAUUCUUCCUGCCUUCUCACACACUCAACCUUACUGUCUUGCACAGAUGCACGCAUACACACACUCAUGCUGAUUGGCAGCCAAGGACAGCGCACCCUCUCUCCCAAACCGGCUACCAGGCAGUUUUCUCGUGUGGUCAGGCUUCUUGACACUGAGCUCAGCUGAGGAAGAGGACAAGGAAAGGGCCAUGGAGCACAGCCACAUCUUCACUGUAUUUUCCCCGAAUGGCAGCACCUGGAGCCCGGGGCAGCAACCCUCGGAGGUUGCUCAGGGAUGCCCUCUUGGACCACUGCCUGUCAUUUACUACAGCAUCCUGAUAUGUCUCGGUCUUCCAGCUAAUAUCCUGACAGUGGUCAUCCUGUCCCAGCUGGUGCUGCGUCGUCAAAAGUCCUCCUACAACUAUCUCCUGGCUCUGGCAGCCGCCGACAUCCUAGUCUUACUCCUUAUUGUUUUUGUCGACUUCAUACUGGAGGAUUUUAUUUUGGCCACGCCACUGCCUCCAUCAUUAAACAGUGCGGUGCAGGUGCUGGAGUUCUCCUCAAUCCACACCUCCAUCUGGAUCACUGUGCCUCUCACCAUUGACCGCUACAUCGCUGUUUGCCAUCCACUGCGCUACCACUCUGUCUCCUACCCGGCCCGCACACGAAGGGUGAUAUUUGCUGUGUAUAUUGGGUGCUUGCUGUCUGCAGCUCCUUAUUACUGGUGGCCUGAGCUGUGGCACAGCCUGUCUGGGGUAGGCAGUGGUGGCGGAGGAGGAGAGCGCAAAGGGAGAACCGUGGCCCAGCACAUUCUGGUGUGGGCUCACUGUACCACUGUCUACCUCCUUCCCUGCACUGUCUUCUUCUCCCUCAACACUGUCAUUGUGCGCAAGCUGCGCAGGCGCCGCAACUGUUUCCGUCUCCGUGGCUACUCUACCGGAAAGACCACUGCCAUACUCCUCGCCAUCACCUCCAUUUUCGCAGUUCUGUGGGCGCCCCGCACCCUCAUGAUCCUCUACCACUUCUACUCUGCUCCUCCAGCCUCACAAGGUGCUGGCCAGCUGCUCCACAUGCUCACUGAUCUGGCGAACAUGCUAGCAUUGCUCAACACCGGUGUCAACUUUUUCCUGUACUGUUUCAUCAGCAAGCGUUUCCGGGGCAUGGCGGCCAAUGUGCUGCGAGCAUUGGCCCACUGCCGCAAGCAGCCACCACCAUUCUACGCCAGCCACAACUUCUCCAUCACAAGCAGUCCCUGGAUCUCACCAGCCAACUCCCACUGCAUCAAGAUGUUGGUGUACCAGUAUGACAAAAAUGGAAAGCCCAUCUGCAUUUCUUCUUGAGCCACCAGCAGCCACCCCCACCCUUAGUCCUGGGGAAAUGUAUUCGGGCUUUGUCUCUGUGGCGACCAGCUUUGCACACAUGGGACUCUUUGAGGCUUGAAAAGGUCAACAUGCCCAUAGAGCAUGCAGGUGACAGUUUGGCUGUCUUUGAGUGAUGGCAAAGUGGUAGACUAGCAAGAUGGAAAAGUAAACAACAGAUGUGUGCUUGGCAGAAAAUGGCAAGGCCUCUCUUAAGUAUUCACAAAGCAAAGUUCAGCAUUAAAUAGGUGGUGAUUAGUUACUAUAAGUGACUGCUACUUGACUGAGCAACUGAUAAAGGGAUCACCAUCAGUCACUGAUUUUAUGAGCCAUAGUUUGUAACGGCGCUGAAGUAUAAACUGACAGCUGCAUGGAUCCUUGGUAACACAUCAAAUACCUUGUGACACUGUUUUCUUUAUGGAUGCACUUUGUUGCACACUACCGCAAACAGUGAGGAGAUCUGAACAGUUGCUGCUUUGUUUGUUGGAAGCCAUUUCCAGAAAGCAGAGAUCUGGGUCGGCGUACAUCUUACCUCACGGGGUGAUUCACUCAGGCAGAGCCACUGACAGUGUGUCCGCUGCCCACACUUCUGACUGUCUCUUAAGUAAUGUAAAACAGCGCUGUCAUUUCCAGAUUAAUAUGCAAAGGAGUCUCAAAGGUGUGUUAAAUUAGAGGGAGCUUUUAUAACACGAAUAGCUCUUGUUGACUUUCCUCAUGUGUGCUGAGUUCAUCCUAGGACCUUUACAAGUCGGCGCUCGCUAUGGAAGAACUUAACCUACAUUCAAGCUCACAGUUGUAGGAUGUGUAGACACUCUACUUAUUGGUGGUUAAGUAUUUAUUAAUGGUAGACUUGACUGUUAUUGUAGCUUCACAAAAAUACAAGACAAAAAAUGUGACUUGGGAUCUGUGUGGUUCCAAGGUGUCAUUAAUCUAAUAAUUGCAUUUCAAAAGAGGAAAUUUCUGCUGUUAGUAGAUAGUCCUCUGUUAACUAUUAAUGGUCCUUGAUGACUUGCUGUUAGCCAUUAUUUGGAUGAAUAUAAUGAAUGUAACUGAACAUCUCUUUAACCCUUUAGCUCUGUGAGACUGAAAGACAGAGAGAGAUAGAGAGGAAACAUCUGCCCUCUUUCACUUUGGUUUGUUUUCCCCGUCCCUAGUUUUCCAUCCCAUGAUGCAGCAGUUAAUUUGGUCUCAGGGCCACAGUGACACACUUUAACUUUACUCAUUUUACUGCUGGCCAAUGUAAGUUCAGUAACAUUUUACACCAAAACACAGUCAUGUACAUCAUCUCCGUCUCAGUGCUGUCCAGUAACAAACUAUAAAUGUGAACGCACAUACACACACACACACCUAUCAAUGUAUUGCCAACAGACAGAGCACACUGAAAUCAAUGCACAUCCAUUCUGCAGACACUGUGGGGCAUUAGAAGUUUUCAUCCAUCUAGCAAGGACGCAGCUAAGCCAAAGGUAGAGUUCUGCUAAUACCUUUCUGGAGGGAUCAGACACAUCAAGCCUUUUUUAAUGCAUAAUAAGGAUAUUAACCUCUAUUUGUCCAAGCAUAUUACACAAAAGGAAUUUGUUUCCGGUACAAAACCGAGGCACCCAUCUGCGGCGCCAACUCACACCGAUGACUCUAACUAUCGGG